AUGGAUCUCCCAUCCAUGGAAGUACCAAACCCCAACAUCGUACCCAUCAUGACUUCAGCAGGUAUCAGCGCCGAUGAAAUCGCCCUCUACGACCGACAAAUCCGACUAUGGGGAGUGCAAGCCCAAGAAAAAAUCCGCAAUGCCAACAUCCUCCUCAUAACCAUGAAAGCUCUCUCGAACGAAAUAGCCAAAAAUCUCGUUUUGGCCGGAAUCCACUCCUUGACCAUUGUCGACCAUGCUAUCGUCACCGAAGCCGAUUUAGGUGCUCAAUUCUUCGUCUCCGAAUCUGAUAUCGGUACGAAUCGUGCUCAGGCCGCCGCUCCACAGAUCAGAAAGUUGAAUCCUAGAGUUAAUGUUAUUGUGGAUAUGGAUGAUAUUAAAAGUAAGGGACCGGGAUAUUUUGGCGCUUUUGAUGUUGUGAUUGCUGCGGAUUUGGACCCGGAGAGUUUAAAUAUUAUAAACACGGCCACGAGACUCAAUCAUAAACCUUUUUAUGCGGCGGGGGUUCAUGGGUUUUAUGGUUUCAUUUUCUCGGAUUUGAUUCAACAUGAUUAUGUGGUGGAGAGAGAAAGAAGCAAUAGACCUACACUUCUACAGCCGGAAACGCGCACUAGAAGUGUCAUCGAUGUCAAGACAAAAAAAGAGAAUGGGAAAUCCAUGGAGGUGGUUACGAAGAGAGAAUUCUAUUCGACUUGGUUCUUGGCAAGUGAUGCGGCAACUUUACCUGCCGAAUAUCUCAAAAGCAGACGUCGUUUAAAGGCAGUAACUCCAAUUCUAUCAUGUUUACGAGCUUUAUGGGAGUUUGUUCAGCUUCAAAAUGGUCGUUUGCCUUCAACCAAAGAAGAUUUACAACUCUUCACUGUCCUAGCGCAUAAAAAGCAUACAGCUCUAGGCCUUCCUGUCGAAACUCUACGUUCAGAAGUACUUCGAAGUUUCCUCCAAAAUCUAGGCAGUGAAAUAGCCCCUGUCACUGCAGUUCUUGGCGGUCAACUUGCACAAGAUGUUAUCAACGUUCUUGGUCAUCGACAACAACCAAUUCAGAAUAUGGUGUUGUUCGACGGAGAUAUAAUGGAAGCACCAAUCCGUCAUUCCCACUAG